AUGGAUGAAACAGAAAACCAGUCAAAUAACAAACCAAAGAAGAGUAACCAAACACAAACCAAUGAUCUGCAACAAAGGGUAAAGGAGGAUGGUGUUGAAGUCAAUGAUGAUGGUGAACGAGGUCAUAAUGAUAGUGGUGAAGGAGGUCAUAAUGAUGGUGGUGAAGGAGGUCAAUAUGACAUACAAGACCAUGAUCAAGUCGAACUCACACCUUUGUAUUUUGAUGCUUAUAGAAAUGGAGAUGCAAUCAAUGGUCUUGAUGUCAAUGGUGGUGAUGUUGAUAGUGUUAAUGUUAAUGAGGUGCAUGUGCAAAAUGAGGUUACGGAAGGGCCAAUUAGAUCCCUUUUAAAUAAAAUCAGAAGGAAAAAGUUUGAAAAGGAUUAUCAAGUUAAAGCUGGCCAAAAGUGUUGGUGA